GUAUGCAACCAUCCAUACACUUUACCACAACUGUUACAUUCAAAAAGAGAAUACAACCUCAAACAAUCCGAGUUUUUAUAAUAAAAAUGGAUUUAAAAGUUAUUAAAAGAGAUUUAAUCAAAGGAAUAAAAUCCUGUUCCGAACGCGGGUUGUCCCAGAGCGUAAAAUGGCUCUCCGAGUUAAAUUUCGCAAUAAAAGAUGUGAAAAUUGAAUUCACCAAUGAUCUCAUGCAAUAUGAAGACUGUGGAGAUGAAAACGAAGCAUAUCUGCUUGCAAAAUCAUAUUUCGACAUCAAAGAAUACGAUAGAUGUGCGUAUUUCAUCAAGAAUUGCACGCAUCAAAAGCCACGCUUCCUGCAUUACUACACAAAAUACCUAAGUAUUGAAAAAAAGAAGUUGGACAACAUGACAGAUGCAACAUGCCCACCAGACCCAACAAAAAAUCAACCCCUGAAGGACCUCUGCAGUCUCCUCAAGUCAGACUACAAUGAAAAGAAACUAGACGGAUAUGGUUUGUAUUUAUAUGCUGUUGUCAUGAAGAAAUUGGACUUAAUUGAGUCUGCAAUUGAUGUUUUUGUUGAAUCUGUGCAUGAUACACCAAUGCUCUGGGCUGCAUGGCAGGAAUUAUCCCUGCUGAUAAGCAACAAGAACAAAUUACAGUCAAUCACACUACCAGAUCACUGGAUAAAACAAUUUUUCCUAGCUCAUGCAUAUCUUGAGCAAUUGAACAAUGACGAAGCUUUACAGUUAUGUUCGAGUUUACAAAACAUGGGAUUCAAGAACAGUUGUUAUUUACUGGCGCAAACAGCGAUUAUUUAUCAUAAUCGUCGAGAUUUAGAAAUGGCGAUUCAAACAUUUCAAGAUUUAUUAGAACAUGAUCCAUUUCGCCUUGAUAAUUUAGAUACCUACUCAAAUUUGUUAUAUGUUCGAGAAUUGAAGAGUGAAUUGGCUGAUUUGGCACAGACUGCAGUGUCAAUUGAUAAAUACCGGCUGGAAACUUGUUGUGUAAUCGGGAAUUAUUACAGUUUACGCUCGGAUCAUCAGAAAGCAGUGUUAUACUUUCAACGCGCGUUGAAAUUGAAUCCUUAUUAUUUAUCUGCGUGGACAUUGAUGGGGCAUGAGUAUAUGGAGAUGAAAAACACAAAUGCGGCGAUACAGAGUUACAGACAGGCGAUUGAUAUUAAUAAACGUGAUUAUCGUGCUUGGUAUGGUCUUGGACAGACGUAUGAAAUACUCAAAAUGCAUUCGUAUAGUUUGUAUUAUUAUAAACAGUCGCAACAAUUGCGCCCGAAUGAUAGUCGUAUGAUUAUUGCGCUUGGUGAAACCUAUGAGCGUCUAGAUAAGAUUGAAAACGCGAUUAAAUGUUACCAUAAAGCGUGUAGAGUUGGUGAUAUUGAAAGAAUUGCGCUGUUGAGGUUAGCGAAACUUUAUGAUAAACUUGGAAUGUGUAUGCAAGCAGCUAAUGUCUACAGUGAGUUUAUUUAUAAAGAGAAUACAGCGCCGGAGAAUAUGCCGUAUGAGGAACAGGUGGAUUAUUAUAAUGCGUUGGAGUAUUUAGCAAAUACACAUUUACAAUAUGGCCGCCUGGAUGAUGCUUAUAAUUGUGCUUACAAAUGUUUAGAUAAUGAUGAAACUAAGGAACAAGCAAAAGCAUUGUUGAAAAGUAUUGCUGCGAAAAGAGGUGAAUUGGAACCAGCAGGAAUGACUGUGAUGGAAGAAACAGUUACCUGUAACAAUAUGACAGAUACAAGUAGCAUGAGCAUGGAUGAAACUGGAGAAAUUGGUGGGAUUUAUUCCCCUACGGAAAAUACAGAGAAUGAAUGAAUAGUUUUAAUGCAUUGUUUUAUAUAUUCAAUAAAAUUAAGUAUUAAUUAUA